AUGUCCUCCACCGUGAACAACGGGGCAGCUAGCAUGCCGUCCCCGCCCGAUGCUGCCAACGGCUUCCCGCAGCCCGGAGCCUCCUCCGGGAACUGGCCGCGGACCGAGGAGGAGAUGCGCGCCGCCGAGCCCGGGCUAGUAAAGCGCGCGCACCGUGAGAUCCUGGACCACGAGCGCAAGCGGCGCGUGGAGCUCAAGUGCAUGGAGCUGCAGGAGAUGAUGGAGGAGCAGGGGUACUCUGAGGAGGAAACCCGGCAGAAGGUCAGGACUUUUCGGCAGAUGCUGAUGGAGAAGGAGGGAAUGCUCACAAGAGAAGACCGGACUGGAGGCCACAUCGUGGCGGAGACCCCGCGGCUGCCCGAGGGCGCCGAGCCCGGCCUGGAGUACGCGCCCUUCGACGAGGACGACGGCCCGGUGGACUGCGACUGCCCGGCCGCCUGCUACCGCGGGCACCGCGGCUACAGGACCAAGCACUGGUCCAGCAGCUCGGCCUCGCCCCCUCCCAAGAAGAAGAAAAAGAAAGGCAGCCACCGGAGGAGCCGCAAAAAGAGGAGACUAGACUCCGAGUGCAGCUGUGGGAGCUCCUCGCCCCUGCGCAAGAAGAAGAAGAGUGUGAAGAAGCACCACAAAGACAGGUCUGAUUCUGGGUCCAGGAGGAAGAGGCGGCACAGAUCUCGAAGCCCCAGGAGCAAAAGAAAAGAGAAGAACAAAGAGAGGAAGAGGCCGCGCGAGUCCCCAGGCCGGAGGUCCCACCGCCACAGCAGCGGAAGUUCCCACAGCUCCUCACUCUCCUCCCAGGACAGCGACUCCAGAUCGCCCAGCAGGCUGAGCCCCAAGCCCCGAGGCGAAGGUCGGAAGACGGGCAGCCAGCGGUCCAGCGGGAGCCGAUCGCCCUCCCUGUCGGGCGGCAGCGGAUGGGGGUCGCCCCAGCAGAACGGAGGCAGCCGGCAGCGGAGCGGAGCGCAGGGGGGCCGCCCGGGCUUGGCGCACAGCCCGCCCGAUAAGCCCAGCUCGCCCUCGCCCAGGGUCGGCGACCAGGCGGAGGCCGGCGCAGCCCCGUCGCCCGCGCGGGGGAAGGAGAGCACGAGCCCGCGCUCGGCGCCAUCGUCGCAGGGCCGAGGAGACCGCGCGGCCGGCGGGCAGGCCCGGCGGCGAAGGCGGCGGCGAAGGCGGCGGCGAAGGCGGCGCUCCAGGUCCCCCGCGGGCGCGCCCCGCCGCAGAGGCCGCCGGCGCGCCCGGCCCGCGCCGCCCCGGGGCCCGUCGCGCUCGCUCAGCAGGGGCCGCUCCAGCAGCGACUCGGGCGGAGGCGGGGCCCCUGGCCCCGGGCCGGAGCCUGGCUCCGGCGGGCACGGUAAACGGGCCAAGGAGAGGCCCCCGCGCGCCCGCCCGGCCAGCGUCUCCCCGUCCCCGGGCGUGCACGGCCGGCACGGCGGCCCGGAGGGGAAGAGCUCGUCGCGCAGCCCGGGCCCCCACCCGCGCUCGUGGAGCUCCAGCCGCUCGCCCUCCAAAUCCCGGUCGCGCUCGGCGGAGAGGAGGGUCCGCAGCCCCACCCGCUCGCCGUCGCCCAAGAAACCUCUGGGCCGGGACAAGGACGGCGAGGGCCGCGCGAGGCACGGCGAGGCCGACACCGCCCGCGCGCGGCGCCGCUCCCGCAGCUAUUCGCCCAUCCGCAAGCGGCGCCGGGACUCGCCCAGCUUCAUGGAGCCGCGGCGCAUCACCAGUGCCCGAAAGCGGCCCAUCCCCUACUACCGGCCCAGCCCCUCCUCCUCCUCCUCCAGCUGCCUGAGCAGUGACUACUCAAGCCGGAGCCCCAGCCGGAGCCCCAGCCCCGGCCACAGCCACGGAAGCUACAGCAGCCGAAGUGGAGGGACCCGAAGCCACACGCGCAGCCCCUCCCGGACCCCCAGUCCCAGUUACCACAGCCGGAGCAGCUCAGAAAGUGGCGGCUUCUGA